GUUUCAGUUCUGAUGUCGUUGCAGUUCUGGUUGACUCUUCGAAGGCAGCAAGGUGGCAAGGCAUCAACAUCUUGUCGAGUGCAGUGCAUUGAUGCGACUAGUAUCGGUUUCAGCCUCAGGCACUAAGGCACCAACAUUAUUAAGCAGCUCCCGGCUUGAAUUGCUUGAAGCUUUUCCAUUCAUCUCCAGUUGUCCAUCACGACCUCACGACCUACAAUUCAUCAGGAGCGCUCGCACACGAAGCUUCGGAACAUCCCCCGAUCCAAAAUGCUUGCCCAAUCCCUCCGAGUUUCACGCCAAUGCGUGGCUCGGCUCUCCCGCCAGCAACUCUCAUCCGUCUCCCGACGAACAUUGACGGUGUCCGCCGUCCGACAAGCCGACCUGGUCCAGGACAUCUACCUCCGCGAACUCCGCAACUUCAAGCCCGCCCCCGUCAAGGCGACCGACGCCGAAGGCCACGUCCACACGUUUUCGAUGCCCAAGGUGCCCGCGUCGCCAGAGGAGGCCGACUUGGCGAAGGAGAUGCAGGCGUAUGAGACGCAGGCUGUCGAGGUGGAGGGCCAGGCGGAGGAAGGUGGACAGCCGGUCGUAGAGGAGGAUUGGUUUGUUGAGGAGGAAGAGGAGGCGGCUUCUGCGCAACAUUAAGCCCGGAACUAUUGGGGCUAGAUUGUGAAUAGAGGGGGAUUGUAUCAAUAUAUUGAGCGAUUCAAAGAUGAAUAUCGAUUCAAAACUCCGGAACCAAGAUGGGAACUUUGGAGAUCUCCAGUUCCUCACGAGAUGCAAUGCCGAAUGUACAUCAUGCUCUGAUUCCUUUGAACCGUAUUCGAAAACCUGUCAGUCUGCCACUUGAUGCCUUCCACUAUCCAAACAGCCUGAACACAAUGACCCCGCUGAUGGC